UGGAUUAAGGGUCACAUCCCAGCGUUCAUUAAAACAAAAAUUAAUGGCCCUUAAGAAGCCCUUAUUCGAAUCCUCUCGACUUUUCUUUCGGAGCUGUUUUUUGAUAGUAGGGUCUGCAGAACACCUCAUGAUUAUUUGGAUUGUGUGACGUUUACUUUGAAAAUAGAAUGGGACUUGAUCCCUCAAGAAAUGCUGCAAAUCCCAUUCAAGAAAUGCUGCAUGUGAAGCUUUCCAGCGUAGGUUGGAGGCCGUCAUUAAAAAUAAGGGUGGUCAAAUUGAAUAAAUACGAUUGAGAAUUGUUUCGGUAGUUCUUGGCUAUUAGAUUAUCCAAUAAAAAGUUAAUUCAUCUGCUUAUUUCGUUGAGAAAUAAGAAAAACAUGUGUUGCCAUAAAAAUGGCUUACCCUGCAUAAGCACCUUAUCAUAUGAACUUUGGACUCAAUUAUUACUUAUAGACUUUUUUAAAAACUUAGAACCAUGAGAUUCAUGUAGCUAUCAAAUUCAAAUCUUCUGUGCGCUGAACUAUUAUAGGUAUUGAUACCCGACCAUAAAAUCACAGUGGUAGGUCGUUAUGAGAACUUGCGUAUGAGAAAGGUGAAUGGCGCCCUGCUGUAUCUGGAUUUAGUAUUGACCGAUAAGUGGACGAUUAGAUAGUGCUGUUGAUUGCUAUCUAAUAUUGCCCUAACUGCGUCGUUUAAAAGUCAAGUUGAUUUAAUUAUUGUCGAUCGCCAUAAUGCUAUUCUGUGAUAAAGUUUACCUGCCUGUUUAGCUUGUAAGUACAUUUCCACGUAUUUAUCGCGAACUAGUCGGAAAAUAUGCAUGCAUUAUUGACAAGACGGCGUGAAGUACUACUUAGUUUUUCGACCUCGUCUUAAACAGUUGGUGAUGUGUACGUGAUAGAGUAGUUUAUUCACCACGAUGUCAUUCACAAGAAGAACAUCUAAUAGCGUCGUAGACCAGAAAAUCUACCCUGAACUUGAUGACCUGCCAGACUAUGGGCCAGAGUCAGGCCUGCAACAGGUGCCUGUUCAUGUCAAGUCUGCUGACGGCAGCUCCACCUUCGGCCUGAUUCUCUCCAUCGUUUUUGCUGCCCUCGAUAUUUUCACAGAUAUUUUACUGGCUCUUGCCUUACAUGCUCAGGCAUUAGCUGAAUCCGACGAUGGAGCUGCUCGGCAGACGCGAUGGUGGUUUGUGGUGACGGUCAUCAUCAUCAUCGUGCCAAUGGUUGUCGUCAAUUGCUUCAGUUUGCUGUGGUACUUCCAGAACCGGAAAUGUCUGGGGGAUUACUGCGUGCUUCACAAGAUGUCAACAAUGCGCAAGCUGUACAUCGUCGUCAUGCACACCAUCCUGCUGGGACCCAUUGCGAGGUACAUAGACUUGCUGCUAUACAAGUAUAAGCGAUCUAAGGAGAACCGCCAAGUCAUGAUGGAUGAGCAGGGAGCCCUCGUCAACAGACUCACCCCUAAGGGUGAGGUCUUCGCCGUCAUGCAAAUGGUGAUCGCCCGAGACUCCGCCAUGCUGGAAAUGCUGCACGGCUUCCUGCAGGACGCGCCUCAGCUCGUAUUUCAAAUCUUUCUCCUCUACAGGAGUCCUAACAUCAUUGACGCGGAUCUCUCCGACACUAAAACCGUAGCGAUACAGCUGCUGAAGAUCGCGCUGGCGCUGCUGUCGCUGGCGCGGUCGCUGGUGUCGUACCAAGAGGAGCUGCGUCGCGGCCUCGUCGACAAGCCCAGCAUCGGCGUCUUCGGUGUGAUCGUGUGCGUGCUGUGGCGCAUGUGCAUGGUGGCAGCCAGGGUCAUCGUCAUCGGCUCCUUCAGUGCCAUCGUGAAAGACAGUGGGCCGAAGAACAACAACUCAGGCUGGCUGGGGUACAAGGACAUUGACCCGUCGGACGACCCGCUCACCUACCCUGUCAUCACCGCCUGCAUCUUCGGCGGCCACUGGCUCGUCAUGGCCGUCUGGAUCCACGCGCAGAAGAGCAAUUUCUGCGGACGGCCUGGGGACGGCCGACCUCGGCCGUGCCUGGAGCUUCUCUACAGCGUCGUCAUGGGCUGGGUUCAUAUCUUCUGCUUCGUUAACCACAAGGAAACUCCAGCCAGGGGGCGCAUGGGCUUUUAUUACCUGCUCAACCUCAUAGAAAACACGGCGCUCAUAGUUUGGUGGUUCUUUAAGGUUAUUGUGGUGACGGAACUGUGGUUCCGAGCCUCCAUCGUGUUCACUGUAGAGUGUUCCUUUUUGGUUGGAGUUUGCUGCCUGCUCCUCUACUACGGCUUCAUCCACCCCAAAGCUGAACUGCCUGAAGAACAACAUCUUCGCUUCCACCGCUGAUAUAAAAAGCCGAUCACAAACGUGACACUUACGCCUGUUUACUUGUAAGAUUUAUGAACAAUGGACAUGCAACUCAUCCGCGUCGAAGAGUUGUGAGCCUGUCACUCAUCAAUGUGGAGGUGGUGUGAGCCUGUCAGUCAUCCACGUAGAAGUUAAGAGCCUGUCACUCAUCCACGUGGAGGGUUGAUCGUGUCAUACAUCCACAUGAAGAUGUAACUAUGUCACUCAUUAACGCAUUGAUUUGAGAAUUGUGCCGUACACCACUCGAGGGUAAAUCAAUGCCAGUAACUCGUAUGCAUUAAUUCAAGCCGCAUCAAUCACCCAACUUCAUCUUCCUAGGCUAACAGGAAGUUCAGUAAUAGAGGUUUCGCAUGGGCGAAAAGGAAAGGAGAAGAAAAGCGCUAAGAUCCGACUACAGGUUCAACGUCGGCAAUGUUAAUUCUGUUGCAGAGAAAUCGAUGGAAGUACUUACUUGUGAUCUCAAAUGUAAAUAGCGUA